CCACUUGAGCUGCAUAUUUACAAUGCAGGGAUUCUGGUCAUACUUAGGCUAUUCAUUGUCACAGCUGGGUUUACAAUAGGCUUCAUAUAGGGGACUAGUCUGAUCCUCAGAUAUAAGACCGAAGAUCUCAUGGUAGUAUAUAUCUUUAUCAACUUAUCAAGGUAUGUAACCAGGCCUUUGUCGGCUAAGAUUCACCUGCAGGGUAGGCUACUGAACAUUUAACUGUUCUCCGUUAUUUGUUUUAACAUUAGCUUUUACCAGUUGUCCAAACUGAGGCCAAAUAAUGCUGACUUUGGCAGGACUGAGGGGUAAAGGCGUCGGUAGGUUUAUACAUUAGUCUGAUGUCAUGAGUUUACUUGCUGAAUAGUUUUGUGUCAGAGGGUGGAUUGACACGUCAAUCCUCAUGGGGGGAACCAUUGUAUGACAACAAUUCAGUAGACUGCCGAUAUAAUUUAAUUUAUAUGUAGUAUUAACCCGCAAACGGUAUCCAGAAUAUCAGGAGAACUUCACUAAUACGGCAACUUUGAGAGAGAUUUGAUCAGAAUGGUCCAACUGUUCCUUCCGUGAUGGGCGCUGUGGUACCCGGCUGCGUUGCAUCAGCAGCAUCCCUCAGCUGGUACUCUCAAGGUCGCUGGCGCGAAGCAUCAUGGGACGGUUAUCGGGUCCACUCCUCGCACACCGGGAAGUGAACGGCCGCCUGAGUUUCACACUUUAUUCGUGAAUUAACUGGAUCACGGGAACAGGGAACAUACGCUUGUGCUGUGACGGAGGAGUUGUCACGAGAUAUGAUGUAAAAGCUGGUCACGGCUAAACGCAAGAGAAAAAGAGAGAGAGGGAGGUCGCGCAGCAUCUCUGUUUGUAUGGGUAGGCGGGGGCGAACUGUGAAACGUGCAGAUAGUCUUGCCACGGCUGUAUGUGACGAAUACCAACGAGAUUGCCGACUGCAUUGGUGCCAGUGGGUCAGCGGUCACGACUCGAUUUACGCGCUGACUCUACUGGGAGCCCACUCAUCUUAGAAACAGCUCCUGCUCUCUCUCUCAAGAUGGAGGGAGAACCGCAGAAACCCAAACAAGUCACAUGCUAUCUCCUGUUCUCCCUGGGUACAGCAGUCAUCGGCUCCCUUCAGUUUGGCUACAACACGGGAGUCAUCAAUGCUCCAGAACAGAAACUGCGGGCCUUCUUUAACAACACCUGGAUGGAACGCUAUGGGGAGCCCAUCGAGAAAGGCACCUGCACCUUCGUGUGGAGUUUGGCGGUGGCCAUCUUCAGUGUGGGCGGCAUGGUCGGCUCCUUUAGUGUGGGUGUCAUGGCCAACAAGUUUGGAAGACGGAAGUCCAUGUUCAUCGUGAACAUCCUGGCCCUGAUUGGCGGUGGGCUGAUGGGGUUGUGCACCCUGUGCAACUCCUUUGAGAUGGUCAUCGCUGGUCGCCUGGUCAUCGGGCUUUUCUGCGGUCUCUUCACAAGCCUCACCCCCAUGUACGUGGGCGAGUUGUCACCUACGCCGCUCCGCGGGGCAUUCGGCACGCUUCACCAGCUAGGGGUGGUGAUUGGCAUCCUCGUCGCCCAGAUCUUUGGACUGGAGUCUCUGCUGGGCUCGGACAAGUUGUGGCCAGUGCUGCUGUCCUUGACCGUGCUGCCAGCGGUGGUGCAGUGCAUCCUUCUACCCUUCUGCCCCGAGAGCCCACGCUUCCUGCUCAUCAACCUCAACGAGGAAGAGCAGGCACGCAAAGCCCUGGUGCGUCUGCGUGGUGUGGAGGACGUCAGCAAGGAUAUGCAGGAGAUGAAGGAGGAGAGCAUGAAGAUGGCCAUGGAGAAGAAGGUGACCAUUAUGGAGCUCUUCCGCACAGCGAACUACCGCCAGCCCCUCCUCAUCGCCGUCAUGCUUCAGCUCUCUCAGCAGCUCUCGGGCAUCAAUGCGGUGUUCUACUAUUCCACGGGUAUCUUUGAGUCUGCUGGGGUGACCAAGCCCAUCAUAGCCACUAUCGGAGCCGGAGUUGUCAACACUGUCUUUACUGUGGUGUCGCUCUUUUUGGUAGAGAGGGCGGGACGUAGGACUCUCCACCUUAUUGGAUUGGCCGGGAUGUCUGUCAGUGCCCUCAUGAUGACUGUAGCCCUCUUACUGGUGUGUUCCCAUAUCAUACUUGGCUCUCUUUCGUUGACACAGUAUUGUUAUACAGUUUGUCAAAGAAGUUCCCUUUUCUAUCUCUCUUUGUCUGUGCAGAAACACAUUAAGUCUCUGAAAUAUCUGAGCAUUGCGGCAGUGUUUGCGUUUGUGGCGUUUUUUGAGCUGGGACCGGGUCCGAUCCCGUGGUUCAUCGUGGCUGAGCUCUUCUCCCAGGGACCCCGCCCAGCAGCCAUGGCUGUGGCGGGCUUAUCCAAUUGGACCGCUAACUUCCUGGUGGGAGUCAGCUUUCCCAAACUAGAGGAAUUGUGCGGCCCCUACGUCUUCAUCAUCUUUAUGUCCUUCCUCAUCCUCUUCUUCAUCUUCACCUACUUCCGUGUACCUGAGACGAAGGGCCGCACGUUUGAUGAGAUCGCCCAGGGCUUCAGUGGGGCUCCGCGCUCAUCUGACCCCUCCGGUGAGGCCCCACCCCCUAGAGACUCCUCCACGCUGUCCACCUCGCCUGUGAAGGAGAAGGUGCCCCUGAUGGCUUCCAACGACACCGCCAACGACGUGGGCUCACCGGGGGAGGAGAAGACGUCCUCCACCACCCCUCUGCUGGCCACAUCCAGCUCUGACUCCAGGCCUGCUGAGGCAACAGCACCCAGUACAAAGCCAGCACCCGCCCCAACCCCAGCCCCAGCUAAGUCUGCAGAGACGACUUCAACCCCCAUCGGCAAGCCUGCUGCAAAGACACCGGUGGAGACGGUCACACCUGUUGCCGCAGCUCCGCCUGCCAAACCAGCCACAGAGGCCAAGGGUCCGGCUCCACAGCCCACAGCCGAGGCUAAGAGGCCUGCCCCUCAACCAGCAGCGGAGACGAAAAGUCCUGCGCCAAAACCAGCAGAGACAAGCGCUGCUCCAAAGCCGGCAUUAGAGACGAAAAGUCCUGCACCAAAACCAGCAGAGACAAGCGCUGCUCCAAAACCGGCAUUAGAGACAAAAAGUCCUGCACCAAAACCAGCAGAGACAAGCGCAUCCCCAAAGCCGGCAACAGAGACGAAAAGUCCUGCGCCAAAACCAGCAGAGACAAGCGCUGCCCCAAAGCCGGCAACAGAGACGAAAAGUCCUGCACCUAAACCACUGGAGACGAAGAGUUGUACAGCACAGCCAGUAAUGAAAGAUGUGAAAAGUCCUGCUAAACCAGUAGAGGAGGCGAAGGCUGCUGCUCCAAAAGCAGCCCCAGAAAAGGAGAUAAAAAGUCCUGCUGCAGCACCUCCUCCUGCACCAGAGGUCAAGAGUCCGGCUCCUUCAGCUUCAGCUCCUGCAGCAGAGGUCAAACGUCCUGCUCUGGCUUCUUCGGCUCCUGUAGCAGAGGUCAAAAGUCCUGCUCUGGCUUCUCCGGCUCCUGUAGCAGAAGCUAAAGGUGCUGUAGCACCACCUGCUGCUGACACAAAGAGUUCAACUCCAAAACCAGUGACAGAAACCAAGGCUCCUGCUGCUCCAAAACCAGUGACAGAAACCAAGGCUCCUGCUGCUCCAAAACCAGUGACAGAAACCAAGGCUCCUGCUGCUCCAGUGACAGACACCAAGGCUCCUGCUGCUCCAAAACCAGUGACAGAUACCAAGGCUCCUGCUGCUCCAAAACCAGUGACAGAAACCAAGGCUCCUGCUGCUCCAAAACCAGUGACAGAAACCAAGGCUCCUGCUGCACCAGUGACAGACACCAAGGCUCCUGCUGCUCCAGUGACAGACACCAAGGCUCCUGCUGCUCCAGUGACAGACACCAAGACUCCUGCUGCUCCAGUGACAGACACCAAGGCUCCUGCUGCUCCAAAACCAGUGACAGAUACCAAGGCUCCUGCUGCUCCAUCAGUGACAGACGCCAAGGCUCCUGCUGCAGCUCCCGCAGCAGAAGCAAAGAGUUCAGCUCCACCACCGACUGCAGAAGCAAAAGGUCCUGCUGCACCACCAGCUCCUGAGGUAAAGAGUGCUCCUCCAAAGCCAGCUGCAGAAGUCAAGAGUCCAAUUGUGCCUCCUGUAGCCGAAGCCAAGAGUCCUGCAGCAUCUUCUGUACCAGAAACGAAAAUCCCAGCAGCACCACCAGCUGCAGAAACCAAGGCUCCUGCUGCACCAUCUGUUGCUGAGACGAAAAGUCCUGCUCUUCCACCAGCACCUGAAGCAAAAAGUCCUGCUCUUCCACCAGCUCCUGAAGUAAAAAGUCCUGCUCUUCCACCAGCUCCUGAAGUAAAAAGUCCUGCUGCUCCAGUCAAAACAGAGGCGAAGAGUCCUUCUGCAAAGCCUGAAGCUGAAGUAAAGAGCCCCAUGGUUCUGUCUGCAGUAGAGGCAAAGGUUCCCGCUGCACCAUCCGCAGCAGAGGCCAAAUCACCUUCGCAGAAGCCAGUUGAAGAUGUGGCCACAGCAGCAGAGAAGUCCAGUUCAACAGCAAAAGAGAAGGUUUAGGAGAGAAAAUGAACAGGGGUAAUAUAGGGGGCAUAGUGUGGGAUGAACUUAAGUAGGAUUGGUGUUCAUGGUGUAUCAUCACUUAUGUUUUGUAAAAGAGGAGCUUUUGGAUUCACAGCGUCGUUGGCAUGGGUCUAAGUAGCCGGACAUAUGGUGCAAUAUUGUAGUUACCCUACAUUUUUCAACUAUGUUUUUUUUUAUUUGACUGCAGUUAUGUAUUCAGCAGUUUUAGCAGUGCAUAUGUUCUUUUUCAUCUUUUUGAAUGAGGUUAAAAAGGGAUUUGUCCAAUUUGUAGCCUUAAGUUAUUUAUUUAUUGAAAGGCUUUAUAACAUGGAACAAUGCCAAAGUGUCACAAUUUCCUCGCACAGACCUCAAGCAUCCUUUUGUGUAACAUUUCGGUGUAAAAACAAAAAAAAAAGGCUGCUGCCUGUGGCCUAAAUAUAUAGGACUAUAAAUGUACUUUCUCUCAAAAGACCAUUGUGUUGCUUAAAUCAGUUUCAGGUAUGUUUGACACCAAAUAUUAUCAAAGCCUAGGCAUCAUAGGAAAGGGAAUAAUUACACAGACAUGCCACCCAUGAUCUAUGGAGUAGAUCAGCAUGUUAUUCUUAUCAAACCAACAUUCGACAAAUGAAAGGUCGAACUUUGACUUACUUUGGGGGGUGGUCACUGAUAUUUCAAUGAAUAUAGCUAGAUAUUGGAAAUGACAAUCGCUCAAAUUCCAUGGCAACAGAAAAGCACAAAGUACUAUGCUUCUAGAAAAACCUAAAUUAGACAAGAUUGGAAUGAUUACUGAACUACUGUAGAGCUGCAGCUAAACUUUCAUAUAAGCAUAAACAAGCUAGCAAUGAACUACCCAAUAGAUUUGAUAAGCUAAUUUAAAUCCAGUUUUAUUAUAACCUAGAUUAUUAAAUAUUACCAUUGUCUGAUUUUGAGAACCUCUAUUCUGUAUUUGGAAAUUAAUGUUAUCAUGUUGUGAAGUACUUUUGAAUGGAACCACUAGUGUCUUUCAAAGGCUGAAUCAACUGACUUGGUGGAAAUUCUUUUUUGGAGUGGUUUUCUCUUGAACACUUGAGUACUAUUUUGCAUUGGUCUAUGUCUUGGCUUGCUCUGUGGGUGAAUUAUGGGAUACCCCUUUGUGACACUUUGGAAGUUUUGUGUGGAGUAAUGUGAUUCAGUGUAAAAGAAAAUUCUGCUUUGUUUGACAGCACAUCUCUAUUUUUUAUUAUAGUCAAAAUAGUAUAUAUAAAUAUGCCACACAUUUUAUUUAUUUUUGGCCAUAUUGCUUAAAUAUAAAUAUAUUUAUAUAGUAAAAGUAUUUAUCACAGGCACCUUUGCAGUCCACCUUAAAAUGUGAAAAGGACCACAGUUGUUUUUCUGUGUAAAUGUUUUGUGAUUACUUGUGUAAUGUGUUGCACUGAAGGAAAAUAGCAAAAGAAUCACAUUCCUGUUGGAGUCGUGUAGUUGCCCAUUGUAUUUGACCUCUCCUUUCAAAAGCAGCUUUCUGUCUCCAUGGCAACCUCAUCUGCAAACAAUGCUUUAACACUGUACAGGAAAUAGCUGAAACUUCCCCCCAGAGAGUUUGCUGACUUUGGAUGGUAUCUGGCACAGACCAGAACCAACGUUAGCAGAAGUCUGGGACCUUAUGCAUAUACUGUAAAACCAACACAAACCUACUGUAUAGUCUGGAGAACAGUUGUCUGUACAGAUUUUUACUCUUUCUAUGUUACAAUGCAAUGAUUAAGUGUGAGCUUCUCUACACUUUCCUUAUUAUUAGUGCAAUGGAAUGAUGGGACAUGAUGAGCGAGAGGAAGGAAGAGAGUUGGGAACAGGUCACAAAAAUGUUUAUUUAUUUGUUUAUUAUUUUGUUAUUUACUGUUACACAAAAUAAAGAGUUGUUACUUCUCUAAUUUUGUGAAUAAAUGUGAAUGCAACUAAAAACAAGCCCUCCCACCUUAUUUUAUAAGAUGUCAGCAGUCAGAGUUGAAUGAAUGCUUUUAUCAAGUCUAACAGAUGAAGGAACCAUUGUGCAUAGAUAUACAAAUGUCUGAAGACAACUCUCUUUGGCUUUGAGAUGUCUGUUGCCUAGCAAUUGGUUUUUCGAUUAUUUUAACAUAAAACAUUAGUCAAUUCAGCAAUGAGGUUAAGCUAACUGUAACAUCAUCAGUAACUUUAUCCUUUUAAGGUGUCAGUUCAUUAACGUUUUAUUUGGUAAACUUAUUUUGUAAGGUUUCAAAACAAGGAACUUGAGUUUAUAUUUUCACACUUUUUUUUUUUUUUUUUUUUUUCUAACUUUUAUCAUCAAAUUAGCUUGUUUUUAACUGCUGAUUUCAUAUUUAUUGUUUGGGUUUAUGUGAGGACUUAAAGUUCAAGGCUCUAGAUGCUGAGGCUUAGUGUCAUGGUAACCUGCAUUAAGAACUGAUAGAAUAUAAAGAUUCAAAGACAAUAUAUACUCCUGUAUUUACAUGUAGCAUAUGUAAAUAUAUCUGUAUAUAUAUAUAUAUAUAUACGUAUAUAUAUACGUUUAUAUAUAUAUAAAUGCUAUGUAAAAUGUUUUCACAGUGUAGAUGUUUACUACCUAGUAAAUAUCUAAAAACAAUUGGUGCAUAUAGCCAUAACAGUUUAAUAGAACUGCCUCUAGUUGAUCUACUUAGAUCUGGUACAGGUUGUUAAGUUGGAAAUGCUGACACAGACUGGCUGAGAUUUGUUAUGACCCUGUCUUGAGUUAAUCGAUUUGUGUCAAAUGUCAAAAGUUAUAACAAAGUUUCUUAUUGUCACCAGAGGAUUCAACAUUACAGCAGUGGGCUUGAAAAAAAAAAUAGGUUGUUCAAUUAAUUUGCCGUGCACGUUGUCUGGAGGAGAGGAUUGACAUAAGAAUAUUUUACAAGGACGUGAUCUGAAUGCAUUCUGGGCUCGGCAUGUUUUGCAAGCCUGAGGUUUAAUCAGAGAUAUGAGGCCUUUGGCAGCAGUGCUGAAUUGGAAAAAAAGAUAAAUAACGUAGCAGUGAUACUGUACCAGAAUACUGCCAUGGUGUUUCUUAAAAGUACAUGUUUGAAAUAGGUCAGCUUUUUUCAACCUGGAUCCUUUGAUUAAAUUCGAAUUACAGCCAGCUGUAAAGGAUAUCUUUUUAACAUGGAAUUUUUUCAUGUCUUAUAUCAUUUUGCCAUGUUUUCUCUAAUCAUGUGACAUCAUGUGAAACUUCACUACUUUAUGUUGUCUUUAUUUUCAUGGUAUUGUUCAUGUUGGUACAUGUUUAUGUUCCCAUGUGUGGUUGUGUGUGUGUGUGUGUGUGUGUGUGUGUGUGUGUUUCCUCUGAUGUCUCUCACUAUGUAUGGAAUGAAUUGUCACUAAUUCCUCACUGCUGAUGCUUACACGUGCCUCUGUGCAAACUUUCCGAGCACUUUUUCUAGCUUCUCGUGUGGAUGUUGUGUGUACAUUGUGUGAACCAUCUCACAUUAGCCACACUGCAAGAGUAUACAUUCACGGGGGGAGGAAUGAAAUCAGAUUCCGAGGAAUGGAAGGGAAGUCCGUCAUUCCUCAUCAGGGAGGUCUGACUAAGCAGGACAUGAUCAUGUGAGAAUACAAGAAAGAAAACGGCUUGCAAGGUACUACAGUACAGUAAUUCGUAAGGUCUGUGUGAGUAAAUGUCUGAAAGAAAAUAAAUGUCCUCGUCAAAAGGGCACUCAUUCAUGUCCAUGUUACUUUUUCUGUCCCAAAAGUGAUGUUGGUACAUACAUAAAUGUGUGAUAACUAUCAUGUUGUUUAAUAAAGGUCUACAGUC